AUGUCGGUCUCGAACAUAAACGUCUCUGACUCCAAAAAGAAGUAUUAUGAGAACCCUUAUUUGAUGCCAAAUCAUAAGCCUUCACAGUCAUUUGGAAAUGAGAAGAGUCGAAAUUUGCAAUUAUCUUUAAAUACUACAAGUGUUACAAAGCAUUCAAAUGGAAUAAAAAAAUAGGAUAGUUUAAUUAAUAUUAUUAGCCAUAGAUCAAGUUGUGAUAAUGAAGAUGAGUCUCCGUAGAGCUAAAAAUAGUAGAUUUACCAAAUAGAAAAGUAGAAAGCUGAAAAUAAAAAUAAAAUGAUUGAGGAUUUUAAAAAUUUUAUCAUUAAAUAGCAUCAGUAGAAGAAUACUAGCAGCAAUAAUUUAGACAUAUUUAGCAAUGAAAACAAAUCUAAUACAAUAAGCUAUGCAAACUCCAUUCUCGCUAUCCCUUCGUUUCAAAAAUUGAAGAGUUAGACAUCCUUUAAAGUUAAUGAACUUGAUUCUAAAAAUGGGAAAAAUAUAAAAUUUUCAGAAGAUACUAAUACUGUCUAGACUCAAAACUCAGACACUAUUCCUAUUAAAAGAAAGCUUAUGAGACAAAAUACUAUAACUUAAGCAAUUAAUAAGAAACUAAAAAUAGUUCACAAAACACGAGACUAACUUUUUAAUGAGAAACUUUAACUUUUUAAAGGAGUAAGUACUUAUAUUGAAACAAAGUAGUACCUUUAAAAUCUGAAUCUUUUGAACAAGAAGAAUUUGAUUUUUAAUAUGAAAAAGAAUUAGCAAUGGAACGAAGAAUUUAAUCAGAUUAAAGAGAAAUAAGAAUUUAAUGAAAGAAGUAAAAUGUAUGAUAACUGCACUGAUGAGGACAAUGAAGAAGGAGAAGAAGACUAAGACAAGUCUUUUACUUCACAAAAAGACCAAACAAUAUCCAAAGAGGAUUAAAUUAGAUAGAAAUUUAAUGUAGAAAAUCCUAAUUUUGAUAAGAAUGUUAAUUUGCUACUAGAUAGAGCACACAAACAUGUAGUAGAAUCAAAAAAGGUCAAUCAUACAAGAUAAAAUAAAAGUUUAAAUGAUAUAGAUUAAGAAAAAAACAUGUUUAAGUAUAUAAGUGAAGUAAUUUAAAUGAUAGAUCCUCAAGAAUUUUUAGACAACACUGAUGAAAAUUAAUUUUAUGAAUGUUUAAAGGAAAUUCUUCAAGAAAAUAAGAAAUUGGCUGAGCUAAAAUAAGAAGCGAGAGAAGAAGAUUAAAUAUUACUUGAGCAGUAAAAAAAGAAAUAUGAAUAUGAACUUUUGAAUUAGUUAUAUAAAAACCCUUAACUUGUGGAGCAUCUCAGCAGUGAAUAAAUACAAGAGUUUAUAAAUCUAUAAAUUAAAUAAAAAUUUGAACCUCAAGCAGCAAACUAAGAGCAUAAAAGCAUCACAGAAAAGCUAUUAGGUGGUUUAAACAUAGAUUUGAAGCAUACAAACUUAGAUGCAAAAAGCCAAUACCAAGAAUAUGUUGAGAAGGCUACUCAUAUUUAGAAAACUUUAAAGAGACUUAAUGAGAACAUGUUUAAGUAGAAGUGGGCUAAUGCUCUUAUGAAAAGGAAAUAGGAAAAAGAAAGAAUGAGAAAUUAGAUUAUAAAAAAAAUACAAAAUAAUGAGAUAGAGUUUAAUAGAAUAGAUGUUUUAUUUCCUUCUAAAAAUAAAAUGAAAAAUGUAAAGAGCAAAGUAAAUUCUAAUUUAGAAUAUUCUAAUGGAGGUUAUAUAGUAAGAAGCAAUUCCAUAGAUGACUCUCCUAAAUAAACAGUUCAUGAGUUGUUUGAUGAAAACAUGCCCAUCUAAAAUAAUUUAAAUCAUCAAUCACACAGAUCAGUUUAACAAGACAGCUAAUCAAAUUCUACUUUUACAUGCUAAGAAGGAAAACAAGUUGGAUUCUCCACAAGAGACAUCAUCACAACUAAUUCUUUAAGACUAAUUGAUUUUAAGGAACCGGAUAAUGGCAAGUAAAAGUAAUAAAGCUAUUAUUAUUAAACUCCAUCUGGAUAUAUUAGACAAGUUACUAAAGUAGAUCUUACUGAAGAAGAGAAAUAAAAAAAGUAAGAAUUAUUCGAAAAACAGCAGCUAAAAAAGCAAUAAGAAUAGCUAAAAAAAGAAGUUCUUUAAAACAUAAAUCACUUUAAUGCUAAAAAGAGCAGUGCACCUUGUUUAUCGAGCAUGGAACUCCCAAAAAUACAGUCAGGUUCUAAUUUAAAUAUUCCUUAGUCUGCACUUAAUUCUCCUAACACUUCAAAAAGUCUGAGCAAUUAUCAUAUGAUAAAAGACUCUUAUUAAUCAAAAAAAUAAUAAAUACCUUCAAAAGCAUCAUCUUUGUUAGCAUCUCCUUCAUACAAAUAAACAUAAACUCAAAGCAAAUUUAUAAAACUUGGAAACAACUAAAACAAAAAAAGCUAAUCGAGCUAAAAUAUCUAUUUUAAUAAAAUUAAUAGCUUUCACAGCUAGAUGUUUACUCCAUAAAAGUUAAAAGAUAAAUAAAAUAACGACAAAAAUACAAAAUCUACAAUAAUUAAAUAUCAAUCAUCACACACCUUAGAUAGUUAGUUUGAUGUAUCUCCUUAAAAAUCUUAGCUAUUUAAUAUGUUAACUACAAUUUAGUCUGAGAAGAAAAUACAAAAAAAAGAAAACAAAGAACUUGAAUAGCAAAUUAAUAAAAUAUAGAGCAAUUCCUCAUUAGACUUUACUAAUUUAAAUGGAAAUUAAAUAGGAAGUAUGAAAGAUAUCCUAGACAUUGAUUUCUUGAAAUUUUCUAUGUAAAAAAACAGACACAUCCAUGAUACUAAUAUAAAAAACUUCUUGAAACUAAAUAACUGA